AUGUCUGAUAACAAAUCCAAGAAAGCUUCUAAAGAGGCAAUUAAUACCAAUGGUGAUUCUCCAAAACCUGAUGAUGACAGUGAACAUACAACUAUGUCCAAAACUAAUGGUAAUGGGAAUAGUAAUAAUGGAAACAAUUUAUUACCUCAUGGAAAGAAAAACGGAUCAUCUGGUGAAUUGUCAAAUUCUUCGAAGAAAAAUGCAAAAACUGAAGAAAAUUCAUCUUCAACCACCACCACGACAAAUACAAUUACAAAUACAUCAGCUAAAAAGGCCCUUACUGACUUGGCAAAAAAGAAUAUGGAUAAAAAGAGACCAAAUGAAUCAUCUGCUUCAUCAAUUAGUAAAUCUGAUGUUUCUAAAAAAUCAGAUGAAUCGGCUAACUUGAAGUCAAAAGUGGUAAAGAGACCAAAAUAUCAUGUUAAGAAGAAUGACAAAUUGAAACUGCAAGAGGAUUUUAAAUCUGGAUCAGCUGGAAUCAAAGAUAAGGAGGAUUCUGGUAGAAGUGUUCCUGUCGAAGGAACUUCAAAGUCUCAUGUUUCUCCCGGUUUUAAUGAACGAUCUCCCAUUAAUGGUGGGAAAGAAACGCCAUCUGAACUGGGAACACCAACCAAUGAAAAUAAAGAAGAUGGAAAUGCUACACCUAUAGACCAGAACAAUGACACUAAAGGUGAACUUGCUGAUGGGCUUAGUAUUCAAGGUACCGAAACAUCCAACACCUCAUCGUCGUUCCAACCUGCACCAACUCUUGUUGAGAAUCCUAAACCAGUGAAGAAGACAUGGUCUAGUUUUUGGAAAUCUUGGUCAACAUGUUUGACUUCGAAACUCGGUGGUGAUGUUCCUUCUCAACUUGGUGAUACUGAUCAGAACUCGAGUGAAAAUUCAGUUAGCAAAUCACUUGAUAUACCAGAUAUUCCAACACAAUACCGUCCUAAAGAGAUCAACGGGUUUGGUAUGUUUUCCAAAUCACAGAGUUUACCAAUAGAAACAAAAAAGAACUAUCAGAAGUUAUUGUCAACCUCACUUGAAUUGAUUUUGGAAUUUUGUAGAUAUUUGGAAAUUCUAAAUGAACGAUCUGGAAAACAAGAUAUUCAAGAUGCAUUUCUGAUUCAAUUUGGAAGAUUUCAUUCUGGGUUACCGUUUACUGAAACGGAAGGUAACGAAGCAUUAAAUGAAGAGGAAUUGGUACAGCUAAGCAAUUUAUUCAAUGAUAUCUAUCAUAAUAACAAUACCAUUUGGAUUGCCAACAAAUUUGAGUAUACUUCGUUCAGUAGAAAAUUUAGAAAAGCUAUUGCAGAGACAUUGGAAUCAGAUUAUCAAAUUAAAAUAAGUCGUAAGAAAACUUUAUUUCCACGACAAGUUAUAUGUGCUAGCUUAAUUCAAUGGAGAAGAAACAUUCCUUUCUCGUGA